AUGGUGCCUCACCUCGGACCCAGCUCCAUCAAGUGCUGCGACCUCAUCACCAGGGACCUAUGCAGGGCCUGCUUCGUCGCACACCACGCCCAUUACGCGCAGCUGCCAUUCAGGGAGCUGUGGGCCGACGCAGCCGACGCUCGUCUGGUGCAGCCGCAUCAGAUUCGCGCACAAGCCGUCCCCGUCUCGGACACCGUCCUGUCCGGCACUGGUGACCCCGCUAUUGGCGCAGUCGUUGCGAUCUUUCUGUCCUCUCAAGACGCGGACAACGAGGCUACCUGGGCGCUGGGUAUUUUGCCAGCUUGGGUGCCGAUGAGCGCGAUCCCGGCGAGCAAAAGAUUCCUCGCUCGCCCUGUCCACCAGCUUCUCGAACGCCAUGGCAUGCUCUCCAUGGCUCGACCCUCAAUGGACAGGAUCUUGGACGCAUGGCUCUUCGACGACGGCAAGGUUGCGCUGCACUGCCGCGAGAACGUGCGCCUGACGGAUGUGGCCCGCAAUCUGGCACGUGGGGCGUACACAACGGCGCUCGAGGCGGACCUGCUGGAGGGCGCCAUCGUCGUACACAACGUCAUUCGGCCCAUCCUGGGCGACGAGGUUGGGGACCGCAUGCGCGCCAACAUCGUGGCAAGCCUCGAGAGGGAAUUGAACCCGGACAGGUUCUGGGCGAACGAGCAUGGCACGGCGGCUAUCUACGACAGGGUCAAGAAGCACAAGUCUCGACAACUAGCAGAUCAGGCUAGCAGCUCCUUCCGUCUCGUCGCCGCCAACCUUCCCCGCGCCUCGUGGAACGACGUCUGCGAUGCGACGGCGGAGCGCUGCCGUGCUCUGCUUGCCAAGCUCAAGGCAGGCAGCAAAGCGCAGCCGCCCAAUGAGGAGGUGAGCUCGGAGGUAGACGUCAAGCAGCCGGCAGAAGGCGAGAAAGAUGAGGGAGACGACGAAGAUGAUGGCAAGGCGGACGAUGGAGGCGAGAACGAGCGCGACGAGGAGGACGACGAGGCUGCGUUCACUCCCGCUCAGCGACGAAUCUUCACGAACAAGGAGAUUCGCAUCACGGCAGCGAUGGCGCAGCAGCUGGAGCAAGCCGUCUCCCCUGGUCGCCCCGCCCUUCCCCGCAAGCCCGGUUGCCUGCUUCCCCGCCUCCCUUUCCCUCGCCGCCAACACCACGUCAAGGACCGCUGGCUGAACGACGACGUCGAGCCUACGCGCACCCCUUGCACAGUCUUCUGUGCAUGGGUUGUCAAGGCUUUGGAGGGCAAGCUCGACCACUGCCCCGUCACCGGCCUUCCCUUGCUCUUCGUCGGGGCAAACUGCGUCGAGAGGCACCCUCUCGCAGCCUCACUGGCUGCGCACAAGGUGCACGCUUUGCCUAUCGACACUGGCUUCGACGCGGGUUGGCCGACAUCCCUCGCUCAAUAUCACCCUGAGCGAGUGAACUUCUCCGUCGAAUCGUGGUUCGGCAACAAGUGGAAGAAGACCUGGCGACUCUCGGGCCUCGCUGCCACCCUCGAUCGACGAACGGACCGGUUUCUGCGGGAAGAGGCGCUCUUUGAUUCAGACUUUAAUUUUUAA